AUGGCUAAACAUUGGAAAAACGAAAAAAAACUUGUACACAGAAAGCGUUUUCUGAUAGAAGAAUUAGAAUUGGUAAGAAAAAAAUACGGAGAGAAAAUGUCUGAACUAUGGACGGAAAUCGAGACCACGAAAAAAAUCUAUCGGCGAGAAAAAGUAGAAAUAUUCAUCGACGUUGAGAAAAGGUACAAAUCAUCAAAAGCCACAUUCGACAUGAUUCUGACAGAAAGAGAACGAGAUUUUAGAUCGGAGAAGAAUGGUCACUUGAUCCAGAUCCGACGAAACCUUGCAGCUGCGAAAAUACAAAAUUGGUGGAGGGCCUACAGGGUGAGAAAACUUUCAAUUAUGAAAAAGAAACUGAAGAGGAAAGCCACCAUCAGAAGUACAAAAACUUUGUCAUCUAUUGCAACGAUGAUCAACGGUUUCAACAUGUUCGAUGAUGACUUCACAAAAACCACGCCGACCCUAUCUAACACUUUAACCGGAAAUACGUUAACUUCAAGAAAUUCAAAGACCAUCAUUCCAGCAGAAUUACCGACCGAAGUCUUUGGUGAUGUGAAACCUUAA